CCACAUACUCUGCAACGUACGUCUGAUCUUACAUUCCAUACAUAGGAAGAAAUCCCAGUGAAUGGAAGUUUUGCCUAUAUGUGUGCAGGCUUUGUUAAUAGGGAGAUGAGCAUAACGUGUGUAGUUGGAUACUCCCCUGCUUGUUUGAGUGACGCCGUCACCAGUAUAAAAAAGGCCCUUUUUGAAAUGAGGCCAGUGUGGCUGUAACUGAUACUGCAGGAGAGAGAGGGUUUCUUCCAGAGACUGAGCCAGGCUGUAGAUGCUGAUCUUCCCAGUCUACAUAAAAUGCGUGAAAUUGUGCAUCUUCAGAUUGGCCAAUGUGGAAACCAAAUUGGAGCUAAGUUCUGGGAAGUGAUAAGUGAUGAACAUGGAAUUGAUGUCACUGGGAACUACCACGGUGAUUCACCACUGCAGCUUGAGAGAAUUAAUGUGUACUUCAACGAAGCUCAUUCCAAGAAGUUUGUGCCCCGUUCUAUCUUGGUGGACCUGGAACCCGGAACCAUGGACAGUGUACGGUCCAGCAAAAUAGGCCCACUCUUUCGACCUGACAAUUUUAUUCAUGGUAAUUCAGGUGCUGGCAACAACUGGGCUAAAGGCCAUUACACAGAAGGCGCUGAGCUGAUUGACAGUGUAAUGGAUGUGGUCAGGAAUGAGUGUGAGAGCUGUGAUUGUCUGCAGGGGUUUCAGCUCAUCCACUCACUUGGAGGAGGCACAGGAUCUGGUAUGGGCACACUCCUUAUCAACAAAAUCAGAGAAGAAUACCCUGAUAGGAUUAUGAAUACUUUCAGCGUAGUGCCUUCACCCAAAGUAUCAGACACAGUGGUAGAGCCAUAUAAUGCAAUACUGUCCAUCCACCAGCUGAUAGAGAACACAGAUGAAACCUUUUGUAUUGACAAUGAAGCUCUGUACGACAUAUGCUUUAGAACCCUAAAACUCCCCAGCCCCACCUAUGGUGACCUCAACCAUCUGGUGUCCCUGACCAUGAGUGGUGUCACCACCUCAUUCCGUUUUCCUGGUCAACUCAAUGCAGAUCUGAGGAAGCUGGCUGUGAACAUGGUGCCUUUCCCUCGCUUGCACUUCUUUAUGCCUGGCUUUGCUCCACUGACAGCUCGAGGCAGUCAGCAAUACAGAGCCCUCUCAGUCCCAGAGCUUACCCAACAAAUGUUUGAUGCACGGAACAUGAUGGCAGCUUGUGACCCUCGUCAUGGACGCUAUUUGACUGUGGCAUGCAUCUUCAGAGGCCAGAUGUCUACCAGAGAAGUGGAUGAACAGUUGCUGGCUAUCCAGACCAAAAAUAGUGCCUACUUUGUGGAGUGGAUCCCUAACAAUGUGAAAGUGGCAGUGUGUGACAUACCACCACGAGGGCUGAAGAUGGCAGCCACCUUUAUAGGCAACAACACAGCCAUCCAAGAGCUCUUCAUUAGAGUUUCUGAACAGUUCUCAGCUAUGUUCAGACGGAAAGCAUUUCUCCACUGGUAUACUGGAGAAGGUAUGGAUGAGAUGGAGUUUUCUGAAGCAGAAAGCAACACCAAUGACUUGGUGUCUGAGUAUCAACAGUAUCAGGAUGCCACAGUAGAGGUAGAUGAAUAUAAAGAGGUAGAAGUGGAAGUUAGCCAAGAACAAGAAACAGAUGAAAAAGAUUUUUAAUAUCAGAACGCUAUACAAGAACACUUAUUGAAUGUACGUCCUCUAUAAAAAAAAAAA